AUGGCGAAAAGGGGCGGCGCAGAAACUUCUUUGAAACUCGACCGGAAAACCAUCGAGAAAAACCGCAGAGUUCACAUGAAAUCUCUCUGUUCGAAGCUUGUUUCGCUUAUUCCUCCGUCCCAUUUCAAAAUCUCUAAGGAUUUGCUCUCGCAACAGAAUCAGAUCUCCUACGUCAUCGCGUACAUAAACGAACUAAAAGAAAGAGUGGAGAAAUUGGAGAAAAAGAAACGAGCUUUAGAAUUUACACAUCAUCAUCAUCAUCAUCAAGCAAGUCGGAGUCCCGGCGGCGGCGGCUCCACGUUGCCGGUGGUUGAACUCAGAGACUUGGGCAGCGUCAUUGAAGUAAUGCUCAUCAGUGACCUCAACAGAAACUUUUUGCUCUGCCAAGUUAUCGCCAUCGUCGAGGAGGAAGGAGGCCAAGUCGUCAACGCAAGCUUCUCCACGCUCGGUGGCAAGAUUCUUCCACUCUCUCCAUAUCCAGGCGAAAAUUUCUCGAGUGGGAGUAGAGACUUCGAGAGUAGAGAAAAGACUGCAGGAACUGGUGAACCAAAACUUAUUGGAUUUUGGGAGGAUCAGUCAGCAAACGAAUUAUUAGCAAAAAGGAAAAAAGAAAAAAGAAAUUCGAAGAAUUGAAUCUUUUUUCUUUUUAUUUUUCUUCAGUGGAUGAACAUAGACUAAGAUUGUGUGGCCCCCGACGUGAAACGCGUAAUGUCUAAAUUUUAAUGUAGUUUUAGUUUUCAGUAACGACCAAUUUCGUCCCAGUACAAUGUUUUACAAAUAUGUCUGUCCCGUGACUA